CGAGGAAGAAGUGAAGAAGGAGAAGAAGGAGGAGGAGGGAGAGGAAGAGGAAGAGGAAGAGGAAGAGAGGAUUGUGGUGUUGGUGGUGGUGCUGCCUUAGUGCCUUGUUUGUCGUUCUUACCAACGCCGACGAGCAAGCAAGCAAGCAAGCACGCAAGCACGCACAUAUCCAGAUGUGUGCAUGCACCAACAUCAGCAACAAGGCAACACCACGCCAGCAUCAGCAACAACACGCCAGCAACACAAGUCACAGACAUGCAGCGAGCAAUCUGUCCUGUUCCGCCCCCACCCCUGACGACUGAAGCAUUGGAAUGGUCGAGGUUGUGUGGUGAGCACAGCGAGCAAGAUGACAGGAGGACAUGGCACGCCAGCAACAAACAAACAAAACCAACAACAGCAACAACCAACAACAACAACAAACAAACAACAGACAAAACAACAGCAAGCAACAACCAACGACGAUCACAACCACCACAACAAACAGCCACCAGCAACACAAGAGCGCACGAGCUCGUAUUGCGCACAGCAUGCAUGUUGGACGUGAGGAUCCCACCAGAUAUCAUCGCCGCAGCAGCAGAGCACCCGACCCUGACCGCGCCCGCCGCUCGCAGCAAUGCGAGCAACAGCAAGACGAGCGAGCAAUCCGCCUCGCUCCGUGUCGACGGGUUUGCCUUCGUCAGCCAACACAUCUGUGCUGGGCUGGUUGCCGUUGUGCACCCUGACGCGAUGAACGGACAACCACAACGAGCACAUUCCCCGCCGCUCCCUUUGAUGUGACAACACACACCAACGCUCUCCCACAAACACCAGCUCCCUCCACACGAGAUAGCCACACAGACAGACAGCCAGCCAAAAGCAGCAGCUGUAGCAGCGAGAAGCAGCAGUGCAAGGAGCAGCACAGGAAGGACGAGGAAGCGGUGUGCAUCACUCCACACACCCAAGUGAAGCAUCAGCAUCAGCAGCAAAGGAAGCGAAGAAGCACAAGCACAACCAAGAAGGAACAGCCACUUCUGCAUACACACACGCACACACACAUACACACACACAGCGCCCUCUUUGUUUCGACAGCAACAGCAGCAGGCAGCAGCAGCAGACCAUGAUGAUGAUGAUGCGCAGUUCCAGCUGGCUCGCGCCUGUGCUGCUUGUGCUACUGUGCACAAUGGGACACCAGAAGGCAGAGGCAUGCGAAUGCAAGGACAAGGCAACCCUGUGCGGUACACUGCUGACACAGCUGCUGUGCGAACUGGAUGCUGCCUGUGACUGGGACUCGAACGAUGGCUGCAUCCCAGCAGGAUUUGGCUGCGCCGGCCUCUCGUUUACGGGAUGUCUCUUGAACCUCGACUGCACAUGGACCUGUCCCACGAACACUACAACGACCACGACCACGACAACCACCACCACGACCACCACAACCACAACAACAACCACAACAACCACUACGACCACCACAACAACUACAACGACAAAUCCCGGCAUUUCCACAACGACAACACAUGCUACGUCUUCGUCGUCGCCAAUGACGUCCACGACAAGCUCGGCUGGCGGGAGCGUUGGUGCUGGCCAGCCGUCGUCCGCAUCCUCACAGCCACCCCCAAUCACCACAAACGAUGGUGUGCAGGGCGAUGCAGGGGAUCUGUUGCUGCCUCUCGCCUCUGCUGGUGCGGGCUUGGGCUUUGUCAUCAUCAUCAUUGUCGCCAUCGUGGCCUGGCGAAAGGGAUGCCGAUCCUCGUCAUCGUCAUCGGAUGACCGGUCAUCGCCGUCCAGCCUCCCCCUCUCUCGUGACGCCUCCCUGUCAAUUUAACCUUUUCGUCUCUUGCGGCUUUGUUGAUUCAUUGAUUGAACAUCCUCUCUUGUUUUUUUUUUUUCCCUCAUGCAUCUGCAUACUCGCAUGUGUGGUUGAAUCUUGCCUCCUUGCGGAGCGUUGUUGUUGGCGUUGGGUUGUUGGCUCGAUCCUUGCUGGUGUGAUGGGCUGGUUUCCAUCACCAGCUUUCCUGGUUAGAGUGACCACCACACCGCAUAUGCCCCCUUCCAGCCUUACUGUCUCUGUUGACCAUGUUCACGCGCCUGCCCCUGACUCAUUUCCUUGUUGAAGGUUUGUUUGUUGGAGCGGUGCAAACGCCGCACCUUGCUUGGGUCGUUGACUUCAGUUUACUGUAUGUGACCCCAUGACAAUACUGGCCUGAACUGCAUCAGUGCAUCGCUUCAUGAGUUCAUGCUCUCUCGUCCCUAUCUUAGAACCUCUCCUUCCUGAUGUCGGAAUUGCUUCAUCUGUUCGUCUCCACUCUUUUGUGAUCAUUGUUGCCCAAAAGAGCAAAAAGGCCUUUGCUCUUUUUUGUUUUGCAUAUGUUCCAAGAUGCACUCUCCUUCCACUCUUCUCUCGCGUUGGUGUCCUGUUCUACGUCCUUUCUUCCCUUCUUGCACUUCGAUUGUUGUCUUGUUGUUGCUUCUGCUUGCACGGCC